AUGGAAGAAAAGGACUACAAUGAGAAUACACCAUUGCAUCAUGCGUCCACCGGAAAGCGCCUCGAAAACAUGGAACUGUUGAUGAACCAAGGCGCUAACUUGGAGGCAAGGAAUGGCAAAGGUGAUGCACCUUUGCAUUCGAUUUGUAAAAGUAGCAAGAGCGAUGUUGACAACAAGGUUCAUCUACUGCUGGACAGGGGUACUAAUUUCGAAGCAAGGAACAACGAUGGCCGUACACCUUUGCAUGUGGCAACCAAUCUAAAUGCUGCUCGUAUUGUUUUGGAUCGAGGUGCCAAUUUGGAAGCAAGCGGCAAUACACCUUUGCAUGUGGCAUGCUCCGAACGCAACAUCGGCCUCAUUCGUCUGCUAUUGCACAGAGGUGCAGAUUUGGAAGCAACGACCAAUAGGGGAUACCGGCCGCUGCAUUUUGAAGCAGUCAAUGCUUUUACCGAUGUUGCUCGCCUAUUUUUAAUUUCUCGUUCGGGGCCAUGGCAGAUUCCAAGACACUUACAGGAACGACGUCCCUGUCCUUGGCAUGUCAAAAUAGCAAUUUGGAGAUUGUAUGGCUGUCGGUGA